AUGUCCAAGAAGGGCGCUGGCGGCCGAGCCAAGGGGGACAAGGCGGAGGCUUUCGCGGCGCUCCAGGCGGCCAACGAGGAGCUCCGCGCCAAGCUCACAGACAUCCAGAUCGAGCUGCAGCAGGAGAAGAGCAAGGUGGGCAGAGUGGAGCGCGAGAAGAACCAGGAGCUGAGGCAGGUGCGCGAGCACGAGCAGCACAAGAGCGCCGUCCUGCUCACGGAGCUCAAGACCAAGCUGCACGAGGAGAAAAUGAAGGAGCUGCAGGCCGUGCGCGAGUCGCUGCUGCGGCAGCACGAGGCCGAGCUGCUCAGGGUCAUCAAGAUCAAGGACAACGAGAACCAGCGGCUGCAGGCGCUGCUCCACGCCCUGCGUGAGGGCGGCCCCGACAAGGUCAAGACCGUGCUCCUGUCGGAGGCCAAGGAGGAGGUCAAGCGGGGCUUCGAGGUGGAGAAGGUCAAGAUGCAGCAGGAGAUCUUGGAGCUCAAGGGCGCCAAGAGGCAGGUGGAGGAGGCGCUGACGCUGGUGACGCAGGCCGACAAGAUCAAGGCCGCGGAGAUCCGCAGCGUGUACCACCUGCACCAGGAGGAGAUCAGCCGCAUCAAGAAGGAGUGUGAGCGCGAGAUCCGCAGGCUGAUGGAGGAGAUAAAGUUUAAAGACAGAGCAGUCUUCGUGCUGGAGAGAGAGUUAGGGGUUCAAGCCGGGCACGCUCAGAGACUGCAGCUCCAAAUGGAGGCUCUAGAUGAGCAGCUGUCCCAGGUCAGAGAGGCCGACCGGCACCCCGGCAGCCCCAGACGGGAACUUCCUCAUGCAGGCGGUGCAGGAGACGCCUCAGACCACUCGGGAAGCCCUGAACAGCAGUUGGAUGAAAAGGAUGCCCGGCGCUUCCAACUUAAAAUCGCGGAGCUGAGCGCGAUCAUCCGCAAGCUGGAAGACCGCAACGCCCUGCUGUCGGAGGAGAGGAAUGAGCUGUUAAAGCGAUUAAGAGAGGCCGAGAGUCAGUAUAAGCCGUUGCUGGAUAAAAACAAACGCCUUACUCGGAAAAAUGAAGAUUUGUCCCACACUUUGCGUCGGAUGGAAAACAAGUUAAAGUUUGUCACCCAGGAGAACAUAGAGAUGAGACAGAGGGCCGGGAUCAUACGGAGACCCAGCUCCUUAAACGACCUCGAUCAAAGUCAAGACGAAAGAGAAGUUGAUUUCCUGAAACUUCAGAUCGUCGAGCAGCAAAACCUCAUAGACGAGCUUUCUAAGACCCUUGAAACCGCCGGCUACGUGAAGAGCGUGUUAGAGCGGGAUAAGCUUUUAAGAUACCGGAAGCAAAGAAAGAAAAUGGCGAAACUCCCCAAGCCGGUCAUCGUGGAGACCUUUUUCGGUUACGACGAGGAAGCAUCCCUGGAAUCCGACGGUUCUUCUGUCUCUUACCAAACGGACCGGACGGACCAGACCCCGUGCACCCCUGACGAUGACUUGGACGAGGGCACGGCCAAGGAGGAGACGGAGCUGCGGUUCCGGCAGCUGACCAUGGAGUACCAGGCGCUGCAGCGCGCCUAUGCCUUGCUGCAGGAGCAGGUCGGAGGGACGCUGGACGCAGAGCGAGAAGUUAAGACGCGUGAGCAGCUCCACGCAGAAGUGCAGCGGGCGCAGACGCGCAUCGAGGACCUGGAGAAGGCCCUGGCGGAGCAGGGGCAGGACAUGAAGUGGAUCGAGGAGAAGCAAGCGCUGUAUCGGAGAAAUCAGGAACUCGUGGAAAAGAUCCGACAGAUGGAGACCGAGGAGGCUCGGCUGAGACACGAGGUGCAGGACGGAAGAGACCAGAACGAGCUGCUGGAGUUCAGGAUCCUGGAGCUCGAGGAGAGGGAGAGGAAGUCACCCGCCAUCAACUUCCACCACACGCCCUUCGUGGACGGGAAGAGCCCCCUCCAGGCGUACUGCGAGGCCGAAGGCGUGACGGACAUCCUGGUCCCGGAGCUGAUGAAGAAGCUGGACAUCCUGGGGGAUAACGCC